GAUGUUAGUCACGAAUUUCAUUCGCUCUCGUAUUGUUGAAUAUUUUCUAUAAAUUGCCGCGCUUUGCGUCUUGACCAAUAAAUCUAAAGUGCAAAUCCUCACAACGGUGGCUAAAGAAAAUUCCGAAAAUAUUUAAGAAAUUGUGUUUCUUUGCGUGUUUAAUGGUUUUAAAAUGUUUAAAAAUUUUGGAGUAUCCUUUCCUACAUUUUUAUUACUAAUCCUACUUCUCUUUACCUGCCAAGUUCUGGGUCAAAAUGGGGAAAAUUUUGAUCCUGAGCAUCUAUGCACAUUAGUGGCAGAUGGAACAAAACUCAAGGAUCCCAGUUCCUGCAGUGUUCACAUAGAAUGCAGAAAUGGCCACGGUUUCAAGUUCACAUGUGCAGAUAAUCUAUGGUUCGAUCGCAACACCGGGCAUUGUGUAGAGCCUGAGUGUAUUAAGUGCCUUUCAAGCCAGCCCUGUUUGGGGAAACAUAAGGUAUUUACACCUGACCCAUACUCCUGCAAUGGCUAUUACUACUGUGAGAAUGGCGAAGGUAAGCCAGGCGUUUGCGGUAAUGAUAUGUUCUUUAAUCCGGAAACCUUAAACUGCGUUAAGGAUUUUUCCUGCAACAUCGAAAUGCUGCCAGAGGACUAUUGUAACAUUGUCCCCGAGGGGGUCUUCAUUAAGGUACCCGAAACAUGUCAGGAGUAUCAAACCUGUUGGAACUCGCAGUUGCAUAAUGGUAGCUGUUCAAAGGGUUUUUAUUUCAAUGCCCAAAAAGGUAUCUGUGAUCUGCCUCAAAAUGUGGAGUGUAGUGAGAAAGAACCCGAAAAUCCCCCCAAUGUGCCAUGCUACAGUGAUGGUGUCUUUAUUUCGGAUGGUAUCAGCUGUAACGGUUAUUAUUAUUGUAGUGCUAAAAAAGAGGGUGGCGGUUUUGAUAAGAUCCAUGGCAAGUGUCCGGUGGGCAGGUUUUUCGAUUCCCAAGAAGGUGGUCAAUGUUUGCCACGAGCAAAUGUUUCGUGUUCCUUCGAUCGAUGUGUUACCAAAGGCACGGAUCGCAUCGAAAUGGUUAAUGUACAGGGUGAUGGCUGUAGGGGUUAUGCCAUGUGCCAACAUGGUGAAGAAAUUGGGAGAAAUGAAUGUCCUGAAGGUCGAUACUUCGAUGAGACAUUUGAAUUGUGUGUAAAAGAGGAGGUUAAGUAUACAGCUUGUGCAAUAGAUGACACUGUGACAACUACCACAACAAUGGCGACCGCAACAACCACCACUGUGUUGCCUACAACAACGAACACAAUGCCUUCGACAACAACAAUGGCGACGACGACAACUACGACGACCACAACCCCAAAGCCUACCACCACACCUCAGACAACAACGGAGAACCCUACAACAACCACCAAUGCAUUACCACCUACUACUGCUUCAACAACUUCCUCCACAACUGCAUCACCUACUACUAAUACAACCACCACAUCAACACCACUUUCAACUCCAACAUCAUAUAGAAAGCCCACAACCGUACCUCCAUCUGUGCCAAAGGAUAGAUCGCAGUAUAUCUUAGUACCUACCAUCGAAUAUUAAUGUCCAAAAUCAAAGAAAAAAUGUAAAUUUUAGUUCUACGCAAAAAAGAUAAAAAUGAAUUUAGAUAAAACGAUACAAAAAGAAA